AAAGGGGGAAAUAGACAGGCAGACAGGCAGACAGACAGGGGGAAACAGGCAGACAGGCAGGCAGACAGAUAGACAGAGGUUGCAUUCCUGUUUUAUCAUGCAGCUUUGUCAGCAGGCCACCCUUCUCUGCUUUGCUAGGUAACAUCACAGUGCCCCGAGAUCCUUCUGCCCGGCAGGAAAGACCGCUGCCUAUUUCCAUUGUGCUUGGAUGCCCUCGCCAGCAUUCUAAAGGAGCAUCCCCAACCCCUAACACAGACGUGAUAACCUAGAACAACAGAAAAGUGACAACGGAACAAAUACGCCCAUGCCUUGCGUUAGCACUUGACCUAUAUGUGUGACAAAUGUGUUAUUCUUUCCUCACAAGUGGAUGAAGAGGAAGGACAGGUCGGGGUUGGAAGGACUGGGACGAACCCUUUGAAAAGGCAGAGUGACUCAGUCUGAGGGAAAUCAAAGCAAACCGCCACAGCACGCCACUCAAGUGCAUUGCUUUCAGAGGCAUCAGGAACACGCUGAGGGCUCGGAGGUGACCCCAGACCCUGGUGCACAUUGCGUUGGGCAUGCAUAACCAAAUGCAUAAGCCAUCUCUGUCACACCUUGUAGGAGAGGCUGGCUGUGUAGGCGACAUGAGGAUGUAUUAAUUUUCAGGUCACUUCACGUGCUGGGGAAAGAUUAACCAGCUGUGAUAUGCUAAGGGACUCGGAUUUCUCCCCGUGGGAUACAGAGAAGGGAUUGUUUGUAGUGCAGGACGGACUCACAGAGAAUGAGGUUACAGUAAACACAUCACACUCCAGGGCCUGCUCUGGGCAUUUCCGGGCAGCAAGAUCUUCUCCCGUUGGAGAGGUGUGGUUGGAAGUUGGCCUGCCCAAGGAAAGUCUGACCCUAAGGCUGGUCCCUCUUUAAAGUAAACUAACGCUCACCCUUUGACUCCUGGUCAAGAGUCGUCCUGAGCUGACCGUGGCCGCCUUCAGCAGCAUUUGGAGUCCUGCAGGCGAAACCUCAGGACCAGCUGCCUCCAGGAACCAUGCCGACGGUGGAUGAUAUUCUAGAACACAUAGGGGAAUUCCACCUUUUCCAGAAACAGACAUUUUUUCUCUUAGCUCUGCUGUCAGGUGCCUUCACUCCCAUCUACGUGGGCAUCGUCUUCCUGGGCUUCACCCCUGACCACCGCUGCCGGAGUCCUGGGGUGGCCGAGCUAAGCCAGCGUUGUGGCUGGAGCCCGGCUGAGGAGCUGAACUACACCGUGCCGGGCCCGGGCUCUGCGCACGGGGCCUCCUUCCUCAGCCAGUGCAUGCAGUACGAGGUGGACUGGAACCAGAGCACCCUUGGCUGUGUGGACCCCCUGUCCAGCCUGGCGGCCAACAGGAGCCACUUGCCCCUGAGCCCCUGCCGGCACGGCUGGGUGUACGACACUCCUGGCUCCUCCAUCGUCACCGAGUUUAACCUAGUGUGUGCUCACUCCUGGAUGCUGGACCUGUUUCAGUCCGUAGUAAACGUGGGGUUUUUCAUCGGUGCUGUCGGGAUUGGCUACCUAGCAGACAGGUUUGGCCGGAAGUUCUGCCUCCUGGUCACUGUCCUCAUCAAUGCUACCUCCGGGGUUCUCAUGGCAGUUUCCCCCAACUAUGCCUGGAUGCUGGUGUUUCGUUUGCUCCAGGGACUGGUCAGCAAAGCAGGCUGGCUAAUUGGCUACAUCCUGAUUACAGAAUUUGUUGGUCUGGGCUAUCGCAGAACAGUGGGGAUUUUUUACCAAGUCGCCUUUACCGUUGGGCUCCUGAUACUGGCAGGAGUGGCCUAUGCUCUUCCCCACUGGAGGUGGCUGCAACUGACUGUGACCCUGCCCAACUUCUGCUUCCUGCUCUAUUUCUGGUGCAUACCCGAAUCUCCAAGAUGGCUGAUCUCCCAGAACAAGAACGCAAGAGCCAUGAAGAUAAUUAAGCACAUUGCUAAGAAAAAUGGAAAAUCUGUGCCUGCAUCUUUUCAGAGCCUGAGAGAAGAUGAGGAUGCCGGCGAGAAACUGAACCCUUCAUUCCUUGACUUGGUCAGAACCCCUCAGAUAAGAAAACACACUUUGAUCUUGAUGUACAACUGGUUCACCAGCUCUGUUCUCUACCAGGGCCUCAUCAUGUACAUGGGUCUCGCGGGGGGCAACAUCUACCUGGAUUUCUUCUACUCUGCCCUGGUGGAAUUCCCAGCCGCCUUCAUCAUCAUCCUUACCAUAGACCGGGUCGGUCGCCGCUCUCCCUGGGCUGCAUCAAAUAUGGUGGCAGGAGCAGCCUGUCUAGCUUUGGUUUUUAUCCCUGAUGGUCUACAGUGGCUGAAAAUCACCAUCGCAUGCUUGGGUAGAAUGGGCAUCACCAUGGCCUAUGAAAUGGUCUGCCUGGUCAAUGCUGAGCUGUACCCCACAUACAUCAGGAAUCUCGGGGUCCUUGUCUGCUCCUCCAUGUGUGACAUUGGUGGCAUCAUCACACCUUUCCUGGUCUACCGUCUCACCGACAUCUGGCUGGAGUUCCCUCUGGUGGUGUUUGCUGUAGUUGGCCUUGUUGCUGGGGGACUUGUGCUGUUGCUACCUGAGACCAAAGGGAAGGCUCUGCCUGAGACCAUUGAGGAUGCCGAGAACAUGCAGAGGCCAAGAAAAAAGAAAGAGAUGAGAAUUUACAUCCAAGGCAAGAAAGCAGAUUUUCAGCUAAGCUAACGAGAAAGAGUAUGGUUGCUGCUGGACCAGAGGCAGAGACUCUUCCCACACCACAAACCCACACAAUGUAACUGCAUGUACCCUUGAGCUCCAUCCGCGGGGAGCUACCGCCUGCGUGGUUUGUUGUGCUGAUGUAUCAGACUCUACCUACCAGCCAGGGACUCCCAUCCACCCUGCUCUCAGCAGUCCCAGGAAAACGCUCAUUGCUUUCCUGGAUUUGGUUUUUCUCAUCUUUACAUUUCUUUAUUUGGUUUCUUUUUCCACCAUGUCAACAAACCAAAAUACACAAGGGAGCUGUGGGUCAGGAUAAGCAAAUAUUAAAAAAGAAAAUCUGAAAAACAAUAAACUUGAGAGAUGAAAUUUAA